AUGCAGAUCUUCGUGAAGACGGUCACCGGGGAGACUCUCACGCUUGAGGUCGAGAGCAGCAACACGGUGGACAGCGUCAAGGCCCAGAUCCAGCGGAAGGCAGGAAUCGACGGCGAUCAGCCACCGUCUGUCCUCUUCGCCGGGAAGCAGCUAGAGGAGGAGGAGGAUGGCCGGCGAACCCUGGCCGACUACGGCAUCGGCAAGGGGUCGACCCUGCACCUCGCACUCGGGCUCCGCGGCGGCUACCAGCGGACCGGCUACGCAUGCGUCGAUCCCGGCCUCCGAACGCUUGCGCUCAGCUACAAUGAAAACAAGAUGAUCUGCCGCAAGUGCUAUGCACGCCUCUCGCCGAGGUCUACCAACUGCCGCAAGAAGAAGUGUGGCCGCAGCAGCGACCUGAGGCAGAAGAAACCGCUUGGACGACAUUAUUGGUGAAGCAACUUUACCGGGGCAGCAGUGACAUGCGUACUAGUAACUGCGGAAUCCACCAUCUUCCCAUAAGGACUUGCGGAUAUAUAGAUACUAUGAUCAUUC